AUGUCGUUUUGCGAAGAAAUAGAAAAUGAAUCUGCCCUGCAGCGGGAAGCGAUGGCAAACCAUCCCUUCGUGCGGGGGAUCGGAGAUGGAACCCUUCCCUUGGACCGAUUCCGUCACUUCAUCACACAGGAUUACGUUUAUGUGGUGGAUUUCGCCCGGUGCCUGGCCCUCGGCGUGGCGAAGGCUCCGGAUCUGGAAACGAUGGGCUGGUUCGCCCGGGCCGUGGAUUACAUCCUGAACACCGAGAUGGACCUCCAUCGAUCGUACUGCGCGGGAUUCGGCAUCACCGAAGCGGAUCUUGAUGCCACGAAACACGCGCCAACGACGUACUCGUACACGAGCUACCUGUUGCGGGUGGCCCAUCAGGGGAGCUUCGGCGAAUUGGUGGCAUCGCUCUUGCCGUGCAUUUGGGGAUAUUGGCAGGUGGGAAAGCGGCUGGCUGACCAGGGAGAGCCCGAAAAUGCCCCGGGCUACGCCAAAUGGAUCCGCAUGUACGCUGCGUCCGAGUUUCAGGCGGUGGCGGAAGAAGCCCGCAGCAUUUGCGACCGGGUGGCGAGUACUGCCGGACCAGCAGAAAUAGCGGCGAUGAAAGAAGCCUACAUCACCUGCACGCGGUAUGAGCAGGCAUUUUGGGAGAUGGGUUGGACGUUGCAGGACUGGCCAGUCUGA